AUUAGUUAAUUGAACAGAAUAAUGAAUUUUAAAAGAACACAAAUUUGAAUUCAAAUAAUUUAAACUGCCUUCUAUGAGUAACAUAGUUUCUCAUAUAAACACAUUAUAUAUAAUUAAAAUUUCAACAACAAAAUAAUAAAUUAAUUUACAGGAAACAAUUACUCUAAAGCAUAGAAAUGUAGUAACAAAAUGAUAUAAGAUACAAUCAGUCUUUUCGAAAUAUGAAGAGUUUCAGUUGAAAUUCCUAUACAAUAUAAAUGGCUGAAAAUGAACAAGAAUUGAAGAAUGUACAAGGUGAUGAAAAGACUGUCACUUCUGAUGCUAAUCUUCCUAAAGGAAUAAAAGUUGGAAAUAAUAGAUUCGGAUUAAAAUAUUAUUGCACGUUUUGUGAAUGUUUCUUGAAUUCUGAAAGCUCAGUUUCAAGUCAUGUAAAAGGAUUUCGUCAUCAACAGAAAGGAAAAUUUGUAAAGACUGGAGAACGAAAGUUUGUUCCUUCUCAAAAUUCAAAGAAGCCAAGAGAAAUUUCUCAUAAAUUAAAACCUUAUUUGGAAAAAUUAUCCACACCUAUCAUAGGCUUAAAUUAUAUUAUUGAAUUGCAAAUACCAGAUUCUGAACCAAAAUAUGAAUGCAGUUUAUGUGAAGCAGAAGGUUCUGGUCAAAUAAUUGUAGAACAUAUUGUUAGCAACAAUCAUCGGUUAAACUAUUUGAAAACAAUAAAUGAAGAAGAAUAUAACAGGAUAAAAGAGCAUAAAAUACAUGAUCAAACUGAAUUAAUUGUUUUGUGUGCUUCAAAACUUGAAAAAGAAAGAGGUCAAGGUGUUAUUCAUGUAAAAAGAAUUGCAUCAAAAUUAUCUAACACAAAAAAUUCCAGAAAUACUUUUGGUGAAAAAAAUAAAAUAAAACCAAGAAAAAGAAAAACCAGUGGUAAUUAUCCUUCUAACAAAAGACAAAAUUAUUUUGGCAAUUCUUUUAAUGAGUAAGUAAUAUUUAGAUUAUGUUAUGAAAUAAAAUAAUAAUUAAAUUUAAUAAUUGAUGCUGCUAUACUUAAUAAAUCUUAAAAUUGUUACAUUAUUCAACAACUUAUGCUGAUAGAGCAUUAUAUUUGGCAAUUAUCUUGGCAUCUAUAAAUCUCUUCAGUUGCUUUUAUGAUGUAUGUAAGAGGCAGUUGAAUGGAAGAGGUCUUUUUCAUUACAUGGCAGAGUAUACGUUUAUACAUUAAUUUCCAUUUGUAAUCAUUGAAUUCUGCCUCCUCUUUAUUUUCUAUCCUUUUGACAAAUUGGGAAACAGUCCUCAGUUUAAGCACUGUAUUUGCUUAAUUAACUAUUUCCCUAAUUUGAAACAAAUACCAGCAUGAGACAACUUCAUUCAGUUCUGUCUUAAUCUUUUUUGCUUAUGCUUAUGGUUAUGUCAGUCUGAAGGAGAAGGAUAGAUUCUGUAGUCUGAGCAUAUCACCAAUCAGAUUUUUCUAAUGCUCAUAUGCCAUAUUUUUACAUUAACUGGUCAAUAAUAUAAGACAACUGAAGAUAUCUGUGAGAUGCCUUAUUUGCAUUUAAAAUUGCCACAGAAAACAAAUGUUUUUUUUUAAUUCUUUCUGCCUUGUGGACACUAAGAGGACCUUAUUAUAAAGCCUAUCAGGGACCCACAGUGAGGCAUCCAGAUGAUGAGGGAUAGGACUCAACAUAUCCAGACAGAAAACCCUCUGAAAGAUUCCAAGGGUUUUACCUGUCUGGAAUUGAUCCAAGGUCCCCCAGAGUGGUAAGCUACCACCAUAACUGCUUGGCUGUCCAGCCAUCUGUUUUUGUAUUUAGCAUCAUAAUUUGAAAACAUUAGAACUUAUUUUAAAAUAAAAUUAAGAUAGUGGAAGUAUCUUAAAGUUGGAAUGAUAACAUCAUAUCAGAAGAAUCAAGGAUAGUGACAUUACUCCCCCUCUCCAAUCAUGACAUAUGACCUUGCACUACUGAUAGCCCUUUUCCCAGUUGGCAUCUCUGCUGUAUAUUUGAAGAAUUGAACUUAACGAAAUAUGUUAAGAUUAAAAUAUAUUUAUCAUUUUAAUUCUGAAUAUAUAUAU